UUUCUUGGUCAAGUCAGAGCUGCCUCGUUUGGAAACGAUUUCAAGAAGGAAACGCAAGUGGAGCCCUGCUCAUCGCCGAGAUUUCUUCUGUGGAAUUUAAAACGUUUUUCUCGGCCUGGGCUGAAGCCGAGUUCAGAAUGAAUACGAUGUGAAGGCGGUGGUUGUUUUUGUUUGACUUGUUAAUAAAUCCAGAGGAAGACGUAUUUAAAUCUUGAAUGAUUUCUUUUGGCUGCGGAUCCCCGAGCAAAGAUCGUUUUGGGGCGGCAGCAGAGAGAGGCCGAAGGGAAACACGGCAACGACCAUAUUUGCAAUCCCGCUCAGCAUGAACCUCAUCGGGGGCUACCAGCAUCACCACCACCUGAUGCACGAACCCUUCCCUUUCGUCCAGCGGUGUCACCAGGAUGCACCGUACUUCCAGAGCUGGGUGGUGAACCACGGCGAAGUGCCCCCUGAUUUCCAGAUUCAGGCGCCCUACCCAGCCGCGGAGCUGGGAGCGCCCGGAACGACGCACGAUGCCCGGCUGGAAGGGCUCCAGGCCGGGAUGGGAAAGAGGAGAGCGUCGGGGCCGAAGAAGGAGCGCCGGAGGACGGAAAGCAUCAACACAGCUUUCGCCGAACUCAGGGAGUGCAUCCCCAACGUGCCGGCGGACACAAAACUGUCAAAAAUCAAAACUUUACGCCUGGCGACCAGUUACAUCGCUUAUCUGAUGGACGUCCUGGCCAAAGACUCCGGGGAGACGGAGGGCUUUAAGGCCGAAAUUAAGAAAUUUGAAAACCGGGAUUUGAAACGAAAACGGGAGCUGACCGACGGCCUGCCGGAGUCCUUAGGAGCCGAGAAGAAGGUGAAAGGCCGGACUGGGUGGCCGCAGCAGGUCUGGGCUCUGGAGCUGAACCAGUGACCUCCACUUCUCCACCCGAAAAAAACUCCUCAGAGACUCUGGAUUCAAGUCAGAUUUAAAAUAAAACAAACCACUGAGUGAACCUAAGCACGUCGCUGUGGCCGUGCGGCGAUGCGCAAAAACAGAGCGAACUAAAGGACAACACGGGCAUAAAAGGUGGAGGGACGGUGGAGAGCUCCAGGACAGACGUCUUCUUCUCUCGUGCCGUGGUUUCUAAGCCGAUUCACAGAUCCGAUUGUAGGUGUUUGAUAUUUGUGGUAUUUCUGCUUUGUUGAUGUUUUCCACCCCUGCGGACCAGAUGUCGCGAUGGAAGGUGUCAAAAACACAUCUGUCUCCCCUUAAAUAUGUGUUUACCUGACGUUGUCUUCCCAGUUAAAGGAAAUGAAGCAAAAAAAUAAAUAAAUUAUAAGAAGGUGGAAGAAAUCUUCAGUAUGAAGCCAUUUAAAUUUAGAUAUGUUUAAGGUGAAUUUUGAGCUGCACAAGAAUCUUUUUUUUUUAUCUCGUUUCUGGCGUGAUUUACAUUUUUUUUUCAGAUCAGAGACACCGGUUUAUUUCUCAGUGUUAAUAAUUUAUAGAGUUUUGUUAAACCAGGAAGCAGUUAUAACUUUCAGUUUUGUGCGUGUUGGCGUAUUUUUUUCUUCCUUUUUUCUUUAAAAAAUAUGAAUAUUUCAUUUCUUACCCUAAACUUACUGUACUUAAUUUACUUAAUGCUGACACAAAAACGUGUACAAAAUAGGACUAGAGAAUAAUUUACAUGUCAAAAAUAAAAUUAAAAUGUUAACUUUUAAAUCAUGGAUCGAGUAAGUACUAAAAAAAAAAAUCGGACGAUUUUUAUAGAUGUCUGGCGUCUAAAGAUACAAUCAAAUAAACGGAAGCCGGAAGAAACACAUCAUGAAAGGGGGGACACGUUUUUGUUUAUCACUGUUCCAUCCCGCUGUAUUAUUUCAUUUUCAGGUAUUUUCGUCCACAGUAGGUUUUCCCAGCUCAAUUAUCUCCCAACAGACCCUCUGUGUGUGUGUGUGUGUGUGUGUGUGAACUCUCCGGGCUGUUGUUUCGCGUAGGAAUCGUAUUGAAUUUACUGAAUCUACCUCAAAUACUCUACACGAUGUCACUGUCCGCUGGGAGAAGACACCGACUGUUCAGUUAACGCAACUUUAUUCACUCCGUCAUGUAAAACUUAAAAAACAAAACAAAAUCAAAAGACCCAAUAGGAUAAAAGUUUAUUAAUGUGCGCAGUGGUGAUGGAAAUGUGCAUUAGAUGUGAAAUUAUAUAUAUAUAUAGUUCCGUAAAUAAAUGAUUAUUUUAAGACAC